AUGAUUAAAGAUUCGAGUCAAUUUUCAUCUAAAUUAAAUGAAAAUAAUUUUGAAAAUAUCGAUAGCAAAGAAUUACGACACGCAAUACAUAAUAUAAUGACAAAUAGUAGUGAUCAUGAUAAUUCAACAAUGAAUAUUUCAACUCCAAAUGUUAGUCCUCAUCAUCUUGGCAAUGAUCGUAUUAUAAGUGCUAUCGAUUUGAAGAGCAGUCAAUAUCUGUCACCAUCUAAUGGUCAACAACAAGCUGAUAAAAUAUUAUCAAGAAAGCAAACUACUUCUGUAAUUCAGUCACCAACAAAUUCUACAAGUGAUAUUGGUCAACAAAAGUUGCAGACACAAUCAUUCAUAUCAAAAUUUUUACAAAGAUCACCGUCGGUUAAUAGUCAAUAUAACAAUCAAGUUCAACAUACAUUAAUAGACAAUACUGGAGAACGAAAUAACUGGAUUAAAAAAUUGAGAAGAAAACUAUCAAAUAAACAUCUAAAUACAAGAUCUUUCGAUGACUUAUCACCGAAACAUAUUUCUCACAUAAAUGUAAAUGAUCAGAACAACAUUGAUGUUAAUCAUUUACAUAUGAGAGAAGCAAUGGCUGUUUUAGAACAAGAUCUUACCAAAGAAGCAUUUCAAGCAUUAAUCAAUAAAAAAAAAGAUUCUCAACAAAACAGUUUCAUGCGAAUACUAACAGGACCUUCACGGUGUUGUCGUUCAUAUCGUACUCAACGACGUCUAGCAACAGUUGUUCAACGUUCCAUUGAUAUUGCUAUAAAAGAUGUACCAAUGUCUCCAAUAAAUAAUAACAUGCAAUCAUUUAAUUAUCAAAAAAUUAAUUCGAUACCUUUAGAAUCCAAACAAUCUUCAUCAUUAAUACCAACAUCCUCCGAAUUUAAACGAUUGGCUUCACAUUGUUAUAUUAAUGAUUAUGCAGCAUGGUUAGAACGACAACAAGAAUUAAUGAUGUGGCUUAAUUUGGCUAAAUUACUUAAACUACCAAUCGAAGAAAGUAAUAUAAUAAAACAAGAAUUGGAACAAUUUCGACUUCAAUAUGAAUGUUUACGUGUUAUUGAACGUUUACCUCUGUCCGUGGGCCCUGGAUAA